AUGAAUCUGAACCAUAUCAAAGAGACGAAUGCCAAGAGAUCCAAUUCCUCUCGGGGUGGCUAUCGUUUGGGACUCAACAAGUUUGUUGAUAUGAGUCCUAAGGAGUUCAAGAGAGUGUACCUCCGCCAACUACCUGCGCCAACCACCAGCAACCCGGCCACCACUGCCUCGAGGUCCGGCUACGUGAAACAGGACUCCUGCACACCACCUGCUUCUGUGGAUUGGAGACAGAAAGGAGCUGUGACUCCAGUUAAAGACCAGCAAAGUUGUGGAAGUUGCUGGGCAUUUGGAAGCAUUGGAGCCAUUGAAGCAAUACACGCAAUAAAGACAGGGGAACUUAUUUCCCUUUCAGAACAAGAACUUGUAGAUUGUUACUCCGUAAGCCGUGGUUGUUCAGGUGGGUUCCCCAAGAGUGCUUUCGAGUGGGUUAUCAGAAAUGGUGGCAUUAGUAAAGAAGAAGAGUACCCUUAUCAAAAUGGAGAUAGUGGCGUGAAAAUUACUAAUUAUGCACAAGUAGAUCAAUCGGAAGACGCCCUCUUGUGUGCUGCGGCUCAGCAGCCUAUUACAGUAUCUUUGGAUGCAUCAAAUCUUCAAUUCUAUGACAACGGGAUUUAUGAUGCCCAGUAUUGCUCAAGGGAUUCAAACAAUGUGAAUCAUGCUGUUUUAAUUUUGGGAUAUGGUUCAAAAGGUGGAGAUGACUAUUGGACUGUGAAGAACUCAUGGGGAGAAAAUUGA